GGUGAUGUUGUAGUUCUUCUCUCUCUCAGAGAACCACUCGCCUGACCUCAUCAUCCAACCACCCCAGCAGUUCCUUCCCAUCUCUCCUUCCCCCAGCGGUUUGUUUCGGUUCGUUGAAUCUCCCAUUUCCCCCCCCAAUCUCUUUCUACGAAUGAGAAAGAUGUGCCCCUCCCUCUAUUCUCAUUUACAGCCUCUCAUCUUUCCCUCCCUCAUUUAUACGCCCUAGGACCCUGAUCUGACUCGAAUCUUUCUAAUGCAGCCCCAUAGUCUCAAUUCCGACCAGCCCUUUUCCUUGUCGCGUCUCGUCAUGUCCUUCUUCUCCUACGUUGCCUCGGGCAUCAGCUCGUUCGUCGUGGUCACGCUCUCUCUAUUCGCCCUCGGCCAGAAGGUUCCUCGCGCCGCGUUCGUUGCUCGCUGCCUCGCAGCCUAUGGGUCGCUCCUCCUGUGCGCCACCUAUGGCGUUGUGGCCUCGAUCGUCCUGCGCCUGGCCGGCUACGGCCGGGUGUCGCAGUGGGCCACGGCGCGCAGUUUCAAGUGGGUGAUGCGGUAUACGACCGGUGUGCAGUUCGAUAUUGUGGAGGGGGUCGAGCACCUGUCGACUCGCCCGGCGGUGUUCAUCUCCAACCACCAGUCGGAGCUGGACGUGCUCAUGCUGGGCGCCAUCUUCCCGCCCUACUGCAGCGUCACGGCCAAGAAGUCGCUCAAAUAUGUGCCCUUCCUCGGCUGGUUCAUGGCCCUGUCCCGGACCGUCUUCAUUGACCGUGCCAACCGUGAGACGGCCGUCAAGGCGUUCGACAGCGCCGCCGCGGAGAUGCGUCAGCAUCGCCAGAGCGUCUUUAUCUUCCCUGAGGGCACCCGGAGCUACUCCGACAACCCGGAGCUGCUGCCUUUCAAGAAGGGUGCUUUCCACCUGGCUGUGAAGGCUGGUGUGCCGAUCGUCCCCGUCGUCACGGAGAACUACUCCCACGUCCUGUCUCCCCGCAAUAUGAGAUUCAAUGCGGGGACUAUCAAGAUCAAGGGUGCGUUUUUGGGUCCGGGAUGUGUCUUUCGAUUAUAUCUUGGUGACUAACACAAGUAUAGUCCUUCCGCCGAUCAGCACCGAGGGUCUGACCCCCGCCGACGUCGAC